AAAGAAGAAACCAAAAGAAAAGACGCAGGAUAUUUCUAUGCAAGUAGAUUUUUGCUCAAUCAACUAGCUAGAGACCAAAAGGUGGGAGACUAGAGAGUCUAGAGACAAUGCAGCCAUGGAUGACACUAGGUGCUUCAUUGGUGGCAAAAGCUGUUGACUAUACGGUGGCCCCUCUCCGCAAUCAACUAAGAUAUCUUUAUCAGUAUAACAAAAAUGCCGACAAUCUGAGAAAGCAAGCUGAAAGGUUGCAAGAGAAGACACAAGAUAUCCAAGCAUUGGUGAACUAUGCCAAAAGAAAUGACAGAGAAAUCAAAAGCACAGUUAAAAAUUGGUUACAAGAGGUAGAUGCAAUCACUGCUGAGAUCAAAUCAUGGGAUGAUAAAACUCAAAACUUGGGCAAAAUGUGCCUCCCUCAUCUGGUCUCACGGUAUAAGCAGAGCAAGAUGGCAACUAAAAAAAUCAUGACCAUCCAAGAACUUCUUGGUAGAACGCUCAUGGAAGAUGUAUCCAUACCGCAGGCCCCUCCUUUGAAUAUACCAUUCAUUUCUGACCAAGAAAAACCCGAAAAGGACCAAGUUAUUGAGAUGGUGGCAAGUAGUUCAUCUGAUGUAUCCAUAUCGCAGGCCCUUCCUUUGAAUAUACCAUUCAUUUCUGACCAAGAAAAACCCGAAGAGGACCAAGUUAUUGAGAUGGUGGCAAGUAGUUCAUCCGUUGUUGGUCAAAACGUCAGUAGAGCAAAUGGUGCUCUGCUAAGUGCGGAUGAUGUUUCUAUCAAGCGAAGACCAACCAUGGAUCCAAUUAUUGCUUAUCAGCUAAGAAAAAAUGUGGCAAACAUUAUUCACCAGCAAAGAGAAGCAGUGAAUCAGAUCAUUGAGGAACUAAAGGAUGACCACUAUAAGGGGAUAGGGAUCUAUGGCAUGGGGGGCAUCGGUAAGACCACUCUUGCCGUAGAAGUAGGGAAAUUGGCUAGAGACUGUGGAAUUGUUAAGGAAGUUAUAAUGGUGGUUGUUUCCCAAACGCCAAACAUAAGAAAGAUCCAGGGUCAAAUUGCGGAUAUGUUAAAUCACAGACUUGAGGAGGAAAGCACAUUAGGAAGAGCAGGUAGACUUUAUACGCGACUGUCCAAUGAGAGCGUACUUCUCAUACUGGACGAUGUUUGGUCAUACAUUGACUUAGCAGAGAUAGGGAUCCCUCAUGGUGAUGAGCACAAGGCCUGUAGGAUUAUGCUUACCACGCGACAAAAAGAUCUAUGUACAGCUAUAGGGACCAAAGGAAUACCAUUGAGACUUUUAUCAGAAGAAGAAUCGUCGCAUUUAUUGAGGAAAUAUGCUUGCACGAGCACUUCUGACCUUUGUCCGGAGUUGGAUAGCAUGGUCAUGAAUUUUGUCAAAGAAUGUCAAGGCCUGCCAUUGGCACUUGUGACUGUUGGAAGUGCAUUACGAGGAAAAGAACAAGUGGAGUGGGAAGCAGCACUACAGCUCCUUAAGAAGUCCCAACCCUUUAGCCCCACUUAUGCAAGCAAGACCAUUUUCUCCUGCCUGGAUUUGAGCUACAAUUUUUUGGAAAAUGAGGAAAUCAGGUUGUGCUUUCUGAUGUGUUGUUUGUACCCAGAAGAUCGUGAAAUAAGUAUUGAAGACUUGACUAGAGACUGGACAGGAAAAGGGUUGUUCUCAGAUGUGGACACUAUUGAAGAAGCUAGAGCCAGAGUGUGCUUAAGAGUUGGCCAACUUAAAUCAUCUUGCCUGUUGCUUGAUGUUGGGAAGGAGGGUUUCGUUAAAAUGCAUGAUGUUGUUCGUGACUUUGCUAUAUAUAUAGCAUCUGAAGAGAAGCAUGGAUUCAUGGUAAGAGCUGGUCACAAUCUGAACAAGUGGCCACCAAGGGAGUCAUUCAGCCAAAAAACAGCUAUUUCCUUCAUGAACAAUAAUAUCCAUGUGCUUCCAAGUGAUGUACAUUGCCCCAAUCUUCAAAUUUUACAUCUUGGAGAAAAUGAAGGUCUUGCAGAGAUACCAGUGGACUUUUUUAUACAGAUGAAAAUGCUCCAGGUUUUGGAUUUAAGUGAAAGGGUUGGUAUCCAUUCACUAAAUCCUCUCUAUCAGUUAGUCCCGAAUGCCACAAGAAAAAAUACAUUUCCCCUCAGUUUUCCAUCAUCCGUUGAAGUUCUCACAAACCUGCGAACUUUACGUUUAGACCACUGCAAGUUAGCUGAUGUAUCUAUUCUUGGAAAAUUAAAGGGCCUGGAAAUUUUAAGUUUAUACGGGUCCUCUAUCACACAACUUCCGAAUGAAUUUGGGGACUUGGUUAAUUUGAGACUAUUGGAUUUGUCAUUCUGUGUGUACCUUCAGAAAAUCCCGGAGAACUUGAUAUCGCGCCUUGUUCAAUUAGAAGAACUUUAUAUGGGUUGGAGUUUUCGAUUGUGGCAGCUAGCUGAUGGAUCUGCUGAAGGGAGUGGCCAAGCAAGCUUGUCUGAGCUAAUGUCGCUGCCCCAAUUAAAUAUUUUGUGUGUGGAAGUCUCCACCCUUCUAGCUUUCCCUGAGAACUUUGAUCUUCCUAGCAUACACAAGUUUGAGAUAACAGUAGGUUACCACUCAGCUAUAUGUUAUCCAAACUCUAGGAGGUUCUAUCUUAGAGAAAUAAAGACUGGUAUACCAAAUGGGAUGAAGCAUAUGCUUCAAUUCUCAAAGGAAUUGACAAUGUUCUGUGCAUCCAAGGUAAUACUGAAAAGUAUCUUUGAUGUCGAAGGGGGCUUAAAUCACUUGAAAACUCUUGAAAUAACUGCCAAUGAUGAAAUUACCUAUUUCAUUGAUGAGGUUCUUCAUAGCGAUGCACCUUUAGUUUUAGGAUCUUUGGAGAAAUUACAUCUUCGGACGUUCAAGAAGCUAUUUUCACUUUCUGUCCGCCCAAUCAAACCAGGUUCCUUCCAGAAUUUGCGGAUUCUAAGGGUUGAAAAUUGUGAUAAUUUAUUUUUUCUAAUUCAAACUUCCUUGCUCCAGGGGCUAUCAAGUAUUGAAGAAGUUCAUGUCUAUUCAUGUAACAAGUUACACGAUAUAUUUCAACUUAACGAGGCAGCUUUUGAUGAAGAACAGAAGCUCCUCUCAACGCUCAAAAAGAUCUGGUUAGCUAGAUUGCCUACGCUGUUCAAAAUCUGGAGAGUACCUAAGCAGUUACUCCUGAAUGCAACCCUUCAAAAUAAACAAUGCUUCAGUAACCUAACUGAUGUGUUGAUUAGGUAUUGUGAUAACUUGGAAUAUGUAUUCCCAUCUGUAGCUGCUCAAAAUCUAUGUCAACUGGAUAAUCUCCAAAUUGUGGAGUGUCACAGAUUGACAAGAAUCAUAGGAGAAGAACCAGAAGGUGUCUCAGCAAAUGUUCAAAAUGGACAUGUUUUAUUUCCCAACCUCAGAGCUGUUCAUAUAGGAAGCUGCAGAAACCUGAGAAAUCUAUUUUCGGUUAUGACAGCUCGAAGUCUUGUCAAACUAGAAGAGUUAAAGGUAAAUGACAUGCCAAAUCUGGUAGAACUCAUAAGCAAUGAAGAAAGUGAAAGGGAAAAGGAAGAGGAAAACGAUAAAAUAAUCGUGCUGCCAGAGUUGAAAGUCCUGAGAAUUACAAAAUCUGGAAACGUGGAACGGCUUUGUACAGAGGCUUUCUGUAUGGAUCUACCAUCGUUAGAAGAAUUUGUUCUUGUGGAGUGUCCUAAAAUGGCUGACACUGUUAAACGUGGACUGGGUAGCGCAUCAAAUCUUCUUAAAGCAGAGAUUGAGGAGCAAUCAUUCUUUGGCACAAUGGCACAAGAGGUUUUCAGUAGUAAGGUUCGGUAG